AUGGAUAGAGCUUGGAGUGCUCAACCCUAUGAAGAGACACGUAUGCGACCUAAUUGGCGGAAGAGAAGGCCAUAUCCAGCCGAACAAACACCAGUUAAUGUCUUAGGACUCUUUGGACUAGACAUUAAACUCUCAGAGAAAGAUCUGGCCGAUUGGAUCAAAGACCAUCUUACUACUGACUUAAGCUUUAAUAAGGUUGAGUUAGUACUAGAUAGACAUACAGGGUUUAGUCGGGGAUUUGCUUUUGUCUAUUUCAGUACGGUAGAAGAGGCUACUAAAGCUAAAGAGCAGCUUAAUAGUCAGAUCUGUAACGGAACACCGAUUCGAGUGGAGUAUUCCAUUACAGCUACUGGCCAUCGGAAGGAAGACGAGUCUAAAAAGGCAACUACUAGUAGUGCUGUAAGUGGUGAAGUUAGUCCGGAAGAGGAGUAA